ACGCCCAGACGCAGAGUGCCAGACCGUUGCAAUUGGAAUCUCCAGGCCAGCCACAUCACGAAAGGCACCUGCGAUCCUCGAUCCGCCUGCAGUCAGAGUCUCAGUCUCUCAGACUUCGCGCGCGAGACCGACAGACCCUUCUAAUUCCUCACGCGCAUCAGGUUCCAUAUCAAACACCUCCGAAUCACGACAGACGGCCACCUCCCUGCCAUGCUGCCGACAACGCUCAUUUCCACGUAAAGCCUGCUUCGACAGCGUGACACCAGCAGGAAGCCUAUCGCUCGCUGUUCCACCGCCAGCAUGACUCGACCCAACAUUCUGCGCGCUGACACCCUCGACCUGCAAGACCAAGACAGCCCCUCCGCCCAAGAACACACCAAGCACCCGCAGUCCAACUCCAACGCGCCCCACGUCCAGGAGAAGCUGCACCACGUUUUGGAGGAACGUCAUUCCGAGGAACAAGCACUCGCAGACGCCUGGCAGAUCACCUCCACCCUGGCUGAAGACGCAAUCACUACGAAUCCCGCGCAGGGAAAUGGCACGACGCAGGAAAACGCGACGAAUGGAGGCUCGCACGAAGGGGAGGAAGAUGCGGAGGGAGGAGAGGACGGUGACGAUGACAUGACCGACAGGAUAUCCAGCUCGCCGAGCAUCGACGAUGAAGAUAUUGAUUUCGAAUUUGUCUACGCACUGCACACAUUUGUGGCCACGGUCGAAGGUCAGGCCAAUGCCACAAAAGGCGACACAAUGGUAUUGCUAGAUGACAGCAAUAGCUAUUGGUGGCUGGUCAGAGUUGUCAAAGAUAGCAGUAUUGGAUACCUUCCCGCCGAGCACAUCGAAACGCCUACAGAACGACUUGCGCGGUUGAACAAGCACCGGAAUAUUGACCUUUCCGCUACAAUGCUUAGUGACAAUUCUGAGAAGUCGAGAAAUCCGCUAAAGAAGGCCAUGCGCCGACGCAACGCAAAGACAGUUCAAUUCGCUGCACCGACUUAUGUUGAGGCUUCUGAUUAUGACUACUCCACUGAAGACGAAGAGCAGAUGAUCGAGCCGUAUGGCGACGAGAAGACGACUGAAGAUGGCAAACAGGAAGAGUUGCAAGGGGAGCCUGAAGAAGCGAAGAAGGCCGAGCCAGUACAUCCAGAAGCCGAACGAAGAUCAAGCACUGGCUCUAAUCGUGCCUCGUUCGAUCGUGAACAGGCGGCUACCGCCGCUCAGGCACUGACAGAUGCUGGACUGACCGGCGAUGGACCCAAGCUUGCUGACAAGACUGGUGAGUAUGGAUAUGAUGUUGAUGCGAUCAGCCCACCAACCGUCUCGGUAGAAGCUGCACCACUCAAGUCGAAGCGAACUCGGAACACAGACUCCUUCCUCAAGGAUGAGAGCAUCGAGACCAGAAAAAUCACCCUCACGCCUGGUCUCCUUCGCGAAGAAAAUGCAUCCACCAAAUCGCCUUCUUCCGAUAGCACGCGAAGUAACAGUCUCGAUGUCAUCACCAAGACCUUAUCUCCUGCAGAACCGCAGCCUCCUCCGUUGUCGAAGAAGGAAGCCAAGAAGAAGGAGAAGGAAGAUAAGCCCAAGAAGGAGAAGGAAGAGAAGCCCAAGAAGGGUGGUAUGCUGAGCGGCCUCUUCAAGAGCAAGAAGAAGGACAAGAAGUCUAAGGAGGAAUCUAGCGAGGCCGACUCGGAGAAAGCUUCUACAGAGUUGCAGAGAGAAUCGCCGAGGGCGUCACCGCUGCUUAGCGGCACCAACUCACCUAUUGACAAGAGCGCUAUCAGUGCUCCAAUGGCUCUGAAGAACGAUAGACAGCAGGCUGCCCCCGAAGAAACGAGUCGCGACUCAUCGAAGGAGUCGAGCGAAGGCUUUGUUGCAGAGCUCGAAGGUUCGGCUGUCGCACACGAGAUGGACACUCCAGACCAGGAGGAUAGCGAAGCACAACACAAGAUUGACGCUCAGAUGGCACAGCAGACGCAACAGGCACAGCAAGAGAAGGGCGGUCUAAGCGCCAUCACUAAUAUGCUCAAGCCUGCAGACAAGGAGAGCAAGCCCCAAAAAGCGAAACGUUCUAAAGAGCGCGUGCCGAUGGACGAUUUCGACACACCACCGGACGCUAAGGACGACCCAAUGGACGAGGCUGACUCAUCACAAGAACGUGGUGGACGUCUGUCUGAGAGUCCGGUGGAAAUCUCGACCGAUACGUUUAUGCAUGGUACUGAGUCGAUUCACAUCCCUAUGCCUGGUGCGCUACCUGAGGAGACGGACGAUGAUGACGAGGAGCCCGAAAGUCUUACAAGUUCGCCGAGCAUCAUCGAGCAUCCCGCGGAACCGAUCGAAGAGGAGGUUGAGCUUGUCGAAGACAACGACCCAACACCAACGGCACGCUCUCCACAGCCAUUUUCGCAAGAACAGUCCAAGCCUGUGUCCGUGCAAUCAAGACGUGGUCUUUCUACUGAUAGCAGUACCACCUCAUCUUCUUCAUCAGCACGACCUUCGCCUAGGCCUUCACCCACAGUGUCUCAGCAAGCCUGGAGCGACGACUGUCUCAAAGCUUGGCUGGAGGACGGUAGCGAAGUGCGCGAUAUGCUCGUCAUGAUUCAUGACAAGAGCGGCAUCAAAGCUGCGCCUGCUGACCAUCCUCUCAUGGCAGACUUGUUCGUCGAGCAGCGGAAAGGCGUUCAAAACAUGAUGGGUCAGCUGGACGGCCUCCUUGGGUCUUAUUUGAACACAGCGGUAUGUGGUAUCCGCGAAGAGUUCGAACCGGAAUCCGACAAGGACGGAUAA